UCCCAGGCCCAGCGGCCCGCCCCUUACUUGCCUCCCACUCUCGAAGCAUUGCCGCCAAAGAUCCGACUCGUCCGGAGAACGACAACCGGAUUUCCCUAAAAAAUCCCCGAAAAGAUGCACCUCCGUCGUCCUCCAUUUCCAAACUCUAAUCCUCUGCAAACCCUAAUCAAACUCUAGCAAUCCCAAUUUCUCGCUGUCAGAACCUCCCCCAAACCCUAGGUUUCCCGAUAAAGUUUCGAUACUUCGCCGAGAAGAAACCCCUAGACUCCCUCUGGAGGCCAUGGGCCCUUCGAACCAAGAGCCGGCCGUGAGCCAGGAACCGCCGCCGUCGCCCCCUCUAUCGCCGCCGCUGUCGCAGGAGGCGCCGGAGCCGGCGGAGGAGCGGAACUGGGCGGAGCUGCCCCGCGAUGUGCUGUUGCUGAUCUUCCAGAAAAUCGGGGCGAUCGAGAUCUUGAUGGCGGCCCAGUGGGUGUGUCGGCCAUGGAGACAGCUCUCCCACGAGCCCCAGCUGUGGCGGUGCAUCGACAUGCUGUACCACUCCGAAUUGUUCAAUGAGAUCGAUAUGGAGUCGAUGGCGAGGGAAGCCGUGGAUCGGAGCAACGGGCAGGUUGAGGAAUUCUAUGGCGACUACGUUGGGAGUGAUGCACUCUUGCAAUACAUUGCUGACAGAACCAGUCAUUUGAAAUGCCUUCGUCUGAUAUCAUGCUAUGCCAUCUCGGAUGAAGGGUUGAUUGAGAUGGCCAAGAGAUUUCCCCAGCUAGAGGAGCUGGAGAUAUCACAAUGUUCACAAUUCUCUGAAACACUAUUCGAAUCUUUUGGUGAAGCAUGGUCACAGCUGAAACGUUUGCGACUGAAUAAGAGGUGGUUCAGCCUUCCUCUCAUGGAGUUUGAUGAUAGCGAGGCACUGGCAAUAGCCAAGAACAUGCAUGAGCUGCACCACCUUCAACUCUUUGCAAACAGGCUUACUAAUGAUGGACUGCAGGCCAUCCUUGAUAACUGUCCCCACCUUGAGUCCCUUGACAUACGCCAGUGUUUCCACAUUAACAUGGAUGGAAGUCUGCGAGCAAAGUGUGCCAGGAUCAAAAACCUCAGGCUUCCAAGUGACCCUACGGAUGACUAUGAGUUCUGUGCUGAUAUUGAUGGAGUUGGAGACUCUGUUGAUGAUUACCCCUCUGGGAAUUCUGAGAUUGAUUUGGUUUAUGAUGAUGUGUUCGAUGAUUACUAUCAUUACUAUCACAUCAGCAGUUCCGAUGAUGACCAUCCAGGUUUUCUACUCUGAAAUAAGACUUUUGCUGGAUCUAACCUUGCACUUUAACGUGCACAUUCAUGGGCAAAGUGGGCUUGGUAUGUGAGGGAAGUUGACAUGCUGUUGUUAAGGUAUGACAAUGCUGCUUUUCAUGGGAACAGGGAAGGGGGAUACAGAUAUGGUUGGAGGGUCGUUUAUUUUGUUCAUUUACUGGUCUAUGCAGGUGUUGCUACAUAAGAAGAGAUGGAAAUCUGGUUACUCAUACCAUUAUGGGCUCUUUAAAAUGUGCUUUUGUUUUCUGGCAAAGCCCUUUCAUGUAUUUGUGGUGAAGGUACUAGUAGUUAACCUAUUGUCUUAAAUACUGGCAUAACUUGGGGACUACAUGUCCGUGAACUUGUAGUUUUGUAAGUUGAUGCAACAGUUAAGUUGCUCCAUUGUGAUCUGUAUGUCAUGGAUUUGAACCAUGAAAAUAGCCUCUCCAUGUGGACGGGUAAGGUUGCAUAUAUAUGAUCCUUCCAAACUAUACAAAGA